AUGGCCAAGCACACUGGGGUUAAACCCUACAUGUGUGGGGAGUGCGACUAUUCUGCUGCACAGGAAUACAGUUUAAAGCGACACAUGGCGAAACACACUGGGGUUAAACCCUACAUGUGUGGGGAGUGCGGGCACAGGACAGCUAAUAGGUCUAGCCUGACCUUACAUAUGAGAAAACACACAGACAAACCCUACAUGUGUGGGGAGUGUGGGUACAGGACUACUACCAAAUCGUACCUUACCACACAUAUGAGAAAGCAUACAGGUGAAAAACCCUAUAAAUGUGACCAGUGCAAAUAUUCUACUGCAAGGAAAGACGAUUUGAGCCGACACGUGGCUAAUAAGCACACUGGAGACAAACCCUACACGUGUUGUGAGUGCGGAUUCAGGACGGGUGAUAAGACUUCCCUAUCCCGACACAUGAGGACACAUACUACAGGCCAGAAACCCUUUAACUGUGAACUGUGCGACUAUUCAACUGCGAAACCUUCCCACAAAUGUGACUAG